UCUUUCCUCUGUGAUGUGUGCUGCUGCUUCCCAGUGUGCUGUGUUGUUUGUGGGUGGAUGUGGGGCUCCUCUUCCCGAAGGCUUGGGUUGUGUGUAGUACAUCUGUGUGUGUGUGUGGGGGAGGCUGUCUCACCUGUCCAUCUCUUGGACUUUCUCUGUCAGUUCACUGUGUGGGGACGGUCAGGGAAGGAGCCGGGGAGCUAAAUUCUAAGCCUCAGGGGGAACUUUAGAAAAAGAACUGUAUUAUUCCAGCCACCAUGGACACUUUUUUCCGCCGACAUUUUAAGAGGAAGGAAGCAGGAGAAGACAUUCAUGAUGGCCAUGUACCUGAACCCUGUCGACACAGGAGGCCAAGCAUUGCAGUGCCAGCCAGCCGUGCCCGUCGACGUUCCAGUGUAGGUCUUGCAUCCACCGCGUUGACCCAGCGACGCCGAUCCAGUGUCCAACUUCAGGCUUUACCUCGAAUCACUAGUAUUCAACUGGUUCAGAAAAGUAGUGGUAGACGGCGCUCCAGCACCACCACCCCGAAGGCCAAUCCUCGCUUUGCCGUACGCCGGAAGAAAGUGAGCAAGCUCCGCAAUAUAGACACACACCUCUUAGGUCCAUCCAUGCUGCUGGCCAGCUUAAUUCAGAUGACGAAAGAGGAGGAAGAGGAUGAGGAGAGCCGAAGUCCAUUGCCAGGGCAAGUGGAACUCAAGGGGUGCAGCACGAAGUUCAGGAGCCACACAGAUGUGCUUCUUUCAGAAGGUGACAGCGACAGUAAUAGCGAGGACUCCAGCGGCCACUCGGAUGAGAGUCAUCACUCAGGGCUGCCCAAGGAGUUCCUAGAGGAGGCAGAUUUGUCAGACUGGGAGAUCAAAGAGUCUGCUGUUUUAUGCCAGCAGGAUAAAUGCCUUCCUCUGGCCGUGGUGGCAGAGCGUGUCCAGGCCCACCCGCUGAUCCGAGUUCCCCGCUGCCUCCGGAGGAACUCGUCACAUUAUGGCUACGCGGAGCCGGGACCGCACGGCCACUACUACCGUAGCAGCCAGAGGAGGCGCCGUCGACGGGUCUCCACCAUCUCAAAAGCGGGAAGCCCCUGGCCAGGAAGAGGCCUGCCGCUUCCUAACCGAAGAAGCUCUACCUGCUUCAGGGCUCAUGCGACUCUCAAUCCUCUCCUGGGAGCUUAUUACGAUCCCAGGCUGGAGUCUUGGAGUGGAUUCUUGUCGAAAGCCAUUGCCAAGGCUGGUGUGCAGGACAAUGCUGCCCAAUCUGGCACCAUAAUACCAGCCAAAUGUGAACCCAUCAAAGAGAUCUGCAGCACCGUGGAUUGGACUGAAAAUGCCCAGUUUGGUCAACACGUGUGGUUUGAGACCAGUCCAUCUGGAGACUUCUGUUACGUUGGAGAGACGUAUUGUUUUGCAAAGUCACUGCAAAAAUCUCUUCCUCGCCACAAAUGUGCAUCCUGCAAAAUAGCUGUUCACACUGUAUGCAUGGAUCAGCUGGAGAAGAUUAACUUCAGAUGUAAGCCAUCAUUUAAAGAUCCAGGGAUGAGAAAUGUCCGAGAGACUCCAAACAUGAGACAUCACUGGGUCCAUAGGAGACGACAAGAUGGAAAAUGCCGGCAGUGUGGAAAGGGUUUCCAGCAGAAAUUCUCCUUCCACAGUAAAGAUAUUGUGGCCAUCAGCUGCUCUUGGUGUAAGCAAGCAUAUCACAACAAGGUGACCUGCUUCAUGCUGCAGAAAAUCGAAGAGACGUGUUCCCUCGGAGCUCACGCGGCUGUGAUCAUCCCUCCAACCUGGAUCAUCAGAGUCCGCAGACAGCAGGCAUCACUGAAGAGCAGUAAAAGAAAGAAGAAAACAUCUCUGAAGGCCAAACCCUGCAAGAAAGCCACAGAGGACAGCAAAUGGAAGCACUUUAUUGUGCGAGCGAUUCCUUCCCAGCUCAUGAAGCCUCUGCUGGUGUUUGUCAAUCCGAAGAGUGGCGGAAACCAGGGAACUAAAAUUAUCCGCUCUUUCAUGUGGUACCUGAACCCCCGGCAAGUGUUCGACCUCACUCAGGGAGGUCCGAGAGAGGGGUUAGAAAUGUACAGCAAAGUGCCCAACCUGCGUAUCCUAGUUUGUGGCGGUGACGGAACGGUGGGGUGGAUUCUCUCAGUCCUGGAUGAGCUCCAGUUGAACCCUCAACCCGCUGUGGCCGUGCUUCCCCUCGGGACAGGAAAUGACCUGGCCAGGACUCUCAACUGGGGCGGGGGCUACACGGAUGAACCGGUGUCCAAGAUCUUGUCCCAUGUAGAAGACGGCAACAUCGUCCAGCUGGACCGAUGGAACCUGAGCGUGGAGCCCAAUUUGGAGGCCAGCGAGGAGGAGAGAGACGAACACCAGACCGACAAGCUUCCCAUUGACGUCUUCAACAAUUACUUCAGCCUCGGAUUUGAUGCACACGUGACCUUAGAGUUUCACGAAUCCCGAGAGGCUAAACCAGAACGGUUCAAUAGUCGACUUCGCAAUAAAAUGUUUUAUGCAGGGACAGCCUUCUCAGACUUUUUGAUGCGCAGCUCCAAAGAUCUGUCCAAACACAUCAGGGUUGUGUGUGAUGGUACUGAUCUAACUAGUAAAGUGCAGGAUAUGAAAUUGCAGUGCCUCCUGUUCCUCAACAUCCCCAGAUAUUGCGCUGGUACGAUGCCAUGGGGGAACCCAAGUGAGCACAAUGACUUUGGGCCACAGAAACAUGACGAUGGGCUCAUUGAGGUUAUUGGCUUCACCAUGACCUCUCUGGCGACGCUGCAGGUUGGAGGACAUGGCGAGAGGCUUCAUCAGUGUCAAGAGGUGACCCUGACAACCUUUAAGCCCAUUCCUGUGCAGGUGGAUGGAGAACCCUGUAGACUGGCUCCAUCCGUCAUACACAUCACCCUCAGGAACCAGGCCAACAUGCUGCAGAAGACCAAGAGAAGAAUCUCUCUACCACAACUAUAUGAUCAGCUGCCCAUCACAGAGAAAAUGCAGAUCCAGGUGAACCGUAUCAGCAUGCAUGAUUAUGAAGCUCUUCAUUAUGAUAAGGAGCAGCUCAGGGAGGCCUCGAUUCCUAUGGGGAUAAUUACAGUUCCCGGGAACAGUGAUUUGGAGACGUGCCGGUUGCAUAUCGAGAGGCUACAUGAGGAGGGGGAUGGUGUGAAUACAGACACACUGCACAUGCCAAAGCUUUCACCAAAAUGGUGCUUCCUGGAUUCUACUACAGCAGACCGUUUCUACAGAAUAGACCGUGGUCAGGAGCAUCUAAACUAUGUGACGGAGAUCUCUCAGGAUGAGCUUUUCAUCUUGGACCCGGAGCUGGUCACCAAGGAGACGGUGGGCACAUCGCCCGGAAUGCCGGGGGCGAUGGAAAGUGUUGGGGGAUGUUCCAAUAGCACAGACCAGUUUGCUUUUCCUGCCUGCUCUGCCGGACCUUCUCCACUGUGCAGGGUUCACCAGACGCAUGCUGAAGGCCAAACGGAAAGCGCGAGCAUGGAUAGCGACAUACGCAAGCAAACUAGCGAUCCAGAGACUCCCACAAAGCCAGGCUUGUGCAGGAGGGGAGCAAAAAUGAUGAAUGUGAAUCGUUCAAACACACUCGAUGGGGACUCAGUGAAUGUGCCCAGGUUAGAUUCGGGCUGGAAUGACAGCGAUCAAGAAUCAAUCGGUUUGCUCUUAGAUGCCGUAAAGUCUGGCAACCUCGAAAAGCUGGUUCAGAUGCAUGAAGGCGGGGCAAACCUGUUGGUCCAGGACCGUUUUGGCUGCACCCUCCUCCAUCAUGCAGUGGUUUUAGGCAGUAAAGAGAUUGUGAAGUAUAUCAUUGAUAACGCUCCGGCUUGCAUCCUUGAUGUGACCGAGAAAUCAACAGGGGAGACGGCCCUGCAUAAGGCAGCUGCGUUGUGCCAGAGAACAAUCUGCUAUUACCUGGUGGAGGCCGGAGCAUCCCUCAUGAAGACAGAUCUACAGGGUGAAACUUCAAAGAUAUAUGCCGAAAGAGCUCGAGACGUGGAGUUGGCCGCUUACUUGGAAAACCGACAACACCACCAGAUGAUCCAGAGGGAGGACCAUGAGACGGCUGUGUGACCGGCCUCCGCAUCCAUCCUUUCCAUCCGAGUCUUAUCUGCUCUCUCCCGUGGCCGGUUUAUCUGGUGCGGCCACACGUUAGUGAUGCUAUGAGGCAGCAUGGGUGCGGAAAUUAGUUUGUUGCUCUCUGUAUUGAUUGUAAUGCCAAAAAGACAGUAUUUGUGUCAUGUUUCAGAAUGCAUGAGUUUGCUACGUCACGUCCAGCUUUCAGGGCUCCGCUCCUUACGACCCAAUGUGCAAAACGUUGGAUAUUUCAGGGCUGAAAUACCACGUAUGAAAGUGGCUUUUACUAUAACUACUAUAAAGAAAACCAGACAAACCUCAUGAGAGAUUAACAGGAGAGGUUUUUGCUGCUUCUGAUUAUGUAAUAUUAAUGUUUGAAUUCUAGAUUGCAUAUCUAAUAGUUUUACAGAUUUGAUGUAACCAUAGAGGCUUCCUUUAGCUUGGCUUCCACUUCACAUGUUUGUUCUGAUUGGAGAUAGAGACGUUGUUUUCAUAGCCUCCUGCGUUUAAGAAUGCUUCCUCAGCUGUUGCUUACGGCCAGUUUCUCUCUUUGUGGUAAAUGCUUGAAUUUCAUAAAAACAUUCCAUUAAUUACAACCUUAGCAUUAAACCAGUUCUCUAUUCAAAAUAUAUUGUAAACGGUAAUCAUUUCUUAGUUAGUAGAUUUGCCUAUGACCAUACAUUUUUGCCUAAAUAAAUGAAGUUUCCUUCAGGGAUGUGAUCAUAUCUCUUAGCAUAGAUUGCUUGCACUGACUGCUAUACUUUUAAAUGAAAAUUUAAGGUUCUUAUGCAGCAAUGCGAACCUGUUGGUUUUGGUUUCCGGCCAAAUCGAGCAUGUUAAGUACACGUUUUAGAUGUUUUUAGAUGAGAUAUCACAUUUUCAGUGACAAAUGGCUGGGUAACAGACUUACCCAUUUAUUUACAUAUAUUUAUAUCAUCGUCUGCGGUUUCAAUUCUUGUAUAUUCAACCAGGUCACUUUAUGUUACUUGUACAAUUGACUAAAUGCUCGAAUAAUAAACGAGACAGAAAACUGGUCUUUUUUUUUUUUACAAGUUGCCAUAGUGUGUUUGUGGUGAGCUGUCAUUAUGAUAGAAUAUGUAUUUUGUCAGUGCUUUGUAUGAGUUGCUAUGCAAUUCCAAAUAGAUGAUACGUGUAUAUAAUCCGUCAAACAUUUUAAAAAUGUGUAAACAGUAUGUUCUGAUAUAAAGGUCUUUCAUUUGUAUGUGAUAUAAACUUAGAUAAUGCUUUAUUUAUAAGAGUAGAUAAGACUUUUGUGAGAGGAGGAGUCAUAUAUUUGUUCUCGGGGGUUGGAUUGUUACUGUCUACUUGGGAGAAAAGAAAUAAAGACUUUAAAAAACAA